CUCCAAAGAGCUCCUAAGUUCCUCUUCCUUCAAGCAGAAUCAUUUCGAGAGAGAUACAAGAAAUGGCAUCUUUCAACAAAUUAAAAAACGUGCUAAUGCUGGCAUUUGACUGGAUUCUGUAUGGUGCUGGUGCUGCAGAUACCUGCCAAGUCACUGUAACACAACCCAGAUUUCAGGAAGCUGACUACUCUGUGCACACUGUGUUCCUAACAUGUGCUUUUUCUGCCUCUGGAUGCUCCUUGUCUCCACCUCAAGUUCUAUGGUUUCGCUUUUUAACUAAUAAACAUGAGGAUUUGUGUAUUCCUACGUGCACAGAUGAUAAGUACAAAGUACAUUUAUCAGAAAAUAACAUUUCACUUCAGAUCAAUGAUCUGACUGUAGAUGACAAUGCUGUUUAUAUAUGUGGAAUAGCAUUUUCAGAUUCAAGUUCACCCCGUUCUAAACAAACAGGAGAUGGAACAGUACUAAUGAAAACAGGAGCAGAGAAGCAGCACAGCAAUGGAAAACUCAUCUUCAUGAUCAUCGCCUCAUCCUUACUGUUUCUAUACAGCACUACUGUAUUCACAUUCUUUGUAGUCUACAAGUUAAAACCAAAGCUGCUAAAGAAAAGUGGGAAUGAAGACCAAAGAACAGAGGACUCUAAAAUCAGUAGCGGACGAAAAAUUUUUCAAGCCAUUGCCCAAGAACUUCAUAAGCAGAGGUAUGCUGAACAUUGCCAACAGCCUGAUGUUUUGGAAGAUGACACUGUUUAUCAGAACAGAUGAGCAUGUGUGGCAGUUCAGACUUUGUCAAUAUUUCUCAUGCAAGCAAAGGGGCAGACGAAGAAGUUAAGCUUCUUCACAGACAUUCUUUGCUUU